UUUUCUGAUGCACUCCUGAACAGCAAGGUUCUGCAGGAAUGGACAGGAACAGCAGCAUUGGUGGCAUGGAGGGCCAGCUCAGGAGCCCCAGCCAGGAGGUGGAAAAUAAGGACGAGGAGAAGGUCCAGGAUCCUGACAGAGAGAAGGACGAGCUUAAGGCAGACAUGGGGAGCAAAACCUGGGCAGACCUGGCUGGGGAGAUGAAGAUUUUCUUGUGGAAUCCGGAGGAGAGAACAUGCUUGGGGAGAACAGCCAAGAGCUGGGGCUUGAUCUUACUGUUUUACUUCAUUUUCUACACGUGCCUGGCGGGAAUGUUUGCCUUUUGCCUGUAUGUGAUGCUACUCACGCUGAGCCCCUACACACCCAGGUUCCGGGACCGUGUGUCUCCGCCAGGAGUGAUGAUCAGACCGUACUUGAAUGGGUUCACCAUUGCCUUCAAUGUCUCCCAGCCCAACACGUGGCAGCCCUAUGUGGACAGCAUGCACCACUUCCUAGCAGCUUAUGAUGACAAACUCCAGGAGGAGAAGAAUAUUGAGUGUGUCCCAGGACAGUACUUCAUCCAAGGGGGAAACGACAGUGAGGAGAAGAAGGCCUGCCAGUUCAAGCGCUCGCUGCUGCAGAACUGCUCUGGCAUCGAGGACCCAACGUUUGGCUACUCCAGAGGCCAGCCCUGCAUCCUGCUGAAGAUGAACCGGAUCAUAGGCUACCGCCCUGGUGCUGGGGUCCCUGUGAGUGUGGACUGCAAAGUGCAGAAAGGCAAUGAGAGUCACCUCAGGUCGGUGGACUUCUACCCUGGGAACGGGACGUUUGACCUCAUGUAUUAUCCCUACUAUGGCAAGUUCACCCACGUCAACUACACCUCCCCACUGGUGGCUAUGCACUUCACAGAUGUGCAGAAGAAUUACUUGGUCCCCAUCCAGUGCCGUCUGAAUGGGAAAGGAAUUAUCAACGACCUGAACAGUGACCGCUUCCUGGGCCGAAUCAUCUUCACACUCAACAUUGGGAAGUAGCCCCUGCCAACACCAGACACUUAGGUUAAAUCAGAGGCUUUUUCCUUUUUAAAGCAUCAAGACAGCAUUUUUUUCUGCUAGGAAAAACAGGCACAUGGACAUUAUUGUUAAUUUAUUUUUGUUCAUAGUUAGGAAACCAAUGAGAUAAAAUGGUGCAUGGAUCCACAUUUUUCAUCUUCUGAUGUAAAUCAUUUUUAGUGAAAAUUAAAUGUUUUCCCCUGGGGAGAGAACCUGAAAAAGAUUUUAUUUUUGAUUGAAAAAAACCUCUGGUAUCCAAAUGCUAUUUUCAUAAGGUCUUUUAUGAGUGAUCCCUGUGGAAUGCAUCUUUCCUGGCUUUACAUUUUAUUUUUUUAGCAUAGUUUUAUGUACAUUUUUCAGGCAAAAGCUAAAAAGGAGGUAGUUCAUUAGCACUAUUCUUGUUAAAAUGAUAAACAGCAAAAAUUCUGGAUCAUGCCUGCAAUAUCAGAGUAGAAAAGUGAAAAUGGCAGCUCUCAAAAUGCUUUCUAGGAUCUCCAGCCCCACAAGCAUCUUGACUACAGCAUUUUACACAGCUUGUUCAGCACACCCAAGGUGCUGAGCAAGGGCCACAGAAAAUUGUUUGCCCUUGAGCCCUUCCAGCUGUUCCUUUCUAAAGUGGGAAGAUUAAUGCAUUUCUCCCUCCUUCCUCCUCACUCCAGUACUUCUCUCUGUCCCAGGAAUCCUCACCCCGUCUCUUGGACAGGGAUGAGUGAGAGGAGCUCUUCUCUCCUGUCUUGGUUCAGAAGUUGCCAGUGCCUCCUGAUCAGGCACAGAAGUGCCUGAAGCUUUCAGACCUGUUCUUCCCCAUUCCAGAGAGGUCACAGCUACAGAGCUGCAGCAAAAUGCAGGGAAAUAACGCAGUCCUUUUACUGUUAAGGGGGUCAGAGUUUGGGUGACUGUAGGCAUCAGUUUAUCACCCCUAAAGGUUGAUGAAACAGAGUGCACUGCCCUGAGCAGGCUAAGCCUCCCUCAGGUGUGACAGAGACCAGUUGCACUCUGUUUGCUGGGAGCUGUGAGAACACAGCAGGACAGGACACCUUGGGAUAAUGCACUACUUGGAAAGCACGCUUACUAAAAUUAAUGACUGAACAGGGGCAUUAUGGUAUGUUUGUCCUACAUCCAUAGCCAAGGAACUUUAUCUACUGUCAUUUUCUGAUCUAUAUCGGUCUCUAAGAAGUGAUUUUUUAUAUUUAAAAUAAAAUGACUACAGUAAAAUUAACUCCUUGGUGGCAUUCUUGAAACACUGGUGUUGAGAUGCAGUUUGUGCUGCCAGUUAGGGACUGAAUUUCCAAACAGCAGGUAACAACAUCCCAGAAUUCUUGAGCACUUGAUAAACUGCCCCAGGCUAAAGAGUUCAGGAGCCCAGAAUAAUAAGACUCACUCUUCACCAAGCAUCACAAUCAAUCAUCUGGCAAAAACUAUUUAUUAAGAACUGUUAAAUACCUGAACUAGGUUAGUUUAGGAACUAACUUGGCUCAGUUGUCAUUAUCCAGAUGGCACUGAUAGAGCCAGGGCAACAUAUUCAUUAUGUCUGCACAAAUUAUCUGCAAGGGCAUUUUCUGACCCACAGAAAAUGGCUGCUGCCAAGGAGGAUGCUGCUGGGGAAGUUGCUCUUCUUUUGACAUCAGAAAUUAGUUAAACCCACAAGCAUUUCUCUGUCAAUUACUUUAGCUCUUAUAAAGCAUUUGUAUUUGUGGGGUCUUGAAAGGAAACCAAACUCAUUGUGUUUCAUGCUAAUAAAUUAACAGCCUUCACACUAGCAACAAGAUAAAACUUUAUUUAAUAUCUAUUCCCUAUCUGUCUAUUGGAAGGAUUCUGCUGGAAGAGGAGGUCCCAUCUUUAGCAGGUGCUAGACCCAUGCUUUGAACAAAUCAACAAAAAAAAUCAGCUGAUUUGGAUGUAAAUCUGUGAAUAGCUUAGAAGCAAAAGCUUCUGUUUCCCGACAAACAUCCUGAUCCAAGCACAUUGACAGCCCCUCUGGAAAAGCUCUCAGAAAUGGCAUUCAUGUCUAUUUACACUGAAACAGAGCUUUAUAAACACAAAAAUUAACUUUAUUAUAUUCUGCUGUCAGCAUAUUUGUACAGUCAUUUUAAGAUCGGGAAAAUUGUAGACACCACUCUUCAUGCUGCAACAACCUUAAAGUGCUGGAUCAAUUUUUGACUUCUGUUGAAGCUCAAAAUAAUACUUUCUACAUAUAUACAAAAUAUAUAUGUAUACGUGUUUGCAUCUAGAAAAUGACCACAUUUCACUAAGAUAGCCUAGCAAAAGUGAUAUCAAAUACUUCAGUCUGCAAUCUCAGCAUGAAAACAUAGCUGUGAUCCAUCUGCUGGCAGCAGAGAAGCACCACACUGAAAAGUGGGUGUACUCAUAAAAUGCCACCUGAAAUAAUUCCAUUUAACACUGGCAGGGAAAUCAAGUAUUGCGAGAGCAAAGGUACAGUACAAGAGACCAAGACAACCAAACCUAAAGCACACAGUCCAACUCAGCAGCAUUUAACUAUGUUCCUAUAAAAAAAAAAA